GCGUUCACUUACAAGAUUUGGCCAACAUUCAAUCGUAAGAAGAUGGCUCGUGGCGAGGAGGCUUUGUGCGAUUCCACCCUUCCGCUAUUGUGUUGUGGCGUACUGAAAGCAGCUUGCAUCGAGCGUUGUGCUCGGAUGAAGAAGAUCGAGAAAUCAAGUAAAUCUUCGACGAGCGGUCGGCCCGACGAGUACUCGAUCGUCGCUGCAGGCGCUGAGCCAGGCGGGCCCGCUGCCCACGUUCCAGUGGAGUCUGGCGGCUUUGCAGAUGGGACGUGGGCUCAACAAAACGCGUACAGUCGGAAAGUUGGCUUGAGGUUCUUGGAGGGCUGUGAUGGCUUCAAGCCAACUGGCGUGUGCGUGGUACUCCGCAUGGUCUAUGCUGUGACUGGCCGCGUUGAGAAGGAGAACCUCUACAUUGCAUCCGACAAGUAUGAGCGGCAGCAGCAGGCAGCCGCAGCAACGCGAAUCCAGGACGGCGUGGCCAGGCCUUGGGAGCUGUUGAGGGAUUACGCCGCUCUGGUCAGGGCCCGCGGUGCGAUAGAGGGAAAAGCUUUCAGGCAACUCAGGGCGCUGAUGUUUGACACGCGGGUCUGGUGCUUGGUUCCCAGUGCCGAGGUUACGGUGAGACUCUCUGCCACGGCAUUCCUUCCAAUAUCUCGGGCUGGAGCGCAGAUUGAAAGACUCGUGGCCAAGCCGCACUCGCUUCCCCCCUGGCGCCUGCUGCUUGUGGCCGAGCAACCCGACUUGGCAGAAUCGAUCAAAGAUUUCAGGCCCUGUGGACUUGAUAAGUGGAACCGCACUUUCAUGAAGCAUAAUGAUUUGUCAUCUUUCGAGGCCAGGCUCAAGAUCGCGUUGCACCUCAUUGCCAUCAAUAUUACCACCACUGCGAGGGAGAAUGACAACGGCAACUUCAGGCGCAUUGUGAAGAAGCGCGUUCAAUCACGGAAGGCCGACUUGGUUUCGUUGAACAGCGAUUGGGUUCAGCAGCAGUGCAGGUGUUUCGUGCGCACGCAGAAGAGCCACGACUUGCGUAGCGUGGCAGUGCUGCACCGUGCUCUCAAGGACACCGUCGGCAGCGAGCUCCUCCAGAAGUGCAUCACCGACGGCGCGGCUGCUGCGCAUCGGCGGCGGGCAGGGGACAUUGGAAGCGGUGCAUCGUUCGGGCCAACUACUAAACAGAUCAAGCGAAUGAAACAGCAGAAGUUCGAAGUGGCUUGCUUGGAAGCUGCGCGGCGCGGAGACGCUGAUGAACAGAUCUGCAAAUUCUUGGACCCGGCGGUAGCGACUGACUACGACUUGCAGCGAGCCGUCACGCUUGCAGCGUCUUGCGAUCGGCAGAUUGCGGCAUCGAGCCGAGAGGCAGAUGAACAUGACAGUGCGGCCAUUAAGAAGUACAGCGAUGCCCACGCGCCCGACCUUCGCGCGGAGAUGAACGCGACGGGCGGUCGCAUGCCUGUAGCUUCGCCCACUUUCGUUGCUGUUCCACCGCCAUUCCUCGGUGCGAAGUGCGCCCAGCAAACCAAGCUUGGCACCGUCAAGGCCGUCGACGAGCUCAUCGAGUACUGCAACAGCUUCACCGUGCACCACUCCAACCUGAUAAAGUCGAUGGAUCAGCAGAUGGACCACCUGUGCCGUCUCAACCAGGGCGUUCGUCAGAACGAGUCCUCCGACGAUGACGGCGACGACGUGAAGGAGUCGCCGUGCUGGCUUGCUGGGAUUUGCGUAUGCUCUCCUGAAGGCGCUGUGACAAAGCGGUUCAGGGACAACAUCCUCCGUGCCAUGAAGGUUGCGUUUCCAGUUGGCAAUUUCAAUCGCGAGCUCCUUGGAGGCGGCAAGGUGUUCGUGGAGCUGUUUGGCGAGCCGUCCGCUGACCAGCUGGAGUUGGCAGAGUUUUACGGCAUCGACGGGAAGCACGAGGUGAUGUGGCACAUCAGCUUCCAGUCGUGGUCGCCGCACGAGCCCAUGGUCCAGGCCGUGGUGCCGCCGCUGCCCGAGGAGGCCGCGCUGGUGUCGCUUUCCGCGGGCGAGAGAGCGGUCAAG